ACUCUAGUCUACACAUUUCUUAUCUAUAAAUAUCCGGAAAAAGUAGAAUUUACACACUCGGAGUUUCGGACCAGAAGAUCAUAACAGAGAGACGUACUUUACUUCAAUGGCGACGAUCGAUUCAAGAAGUGGCUUCUGCAAAUCCAACUCUAUCUUCUACAGUAAACGCAAGCUCAUUCCUUUACCUUCCAAUCAGUCCCUUGAUGUCACCACAUUCAUCUCCUCCCGUCCCAAUCACGGCACCACCGCCUUCAUCGACGCCGCCACCGGCCGCCGCCUCUCCUUCUCCGACGUAUGGACCGCCGUCGAAUCCGUCGCAUUGGCUCUCUCCGCCAUGGGGAUCCGCAAAGACCACGUCGUCCUCCUCCUCUCCCCCAACUCCAUCUUCUUCCCCAUCGUCUGCCUCUCCGUCAUGUCUCUCGGCGCCAUCAUCACCACCACCAAUCCUCUCAACACCAGUCGCGAAAUCGCCAAGCAAAUCGCCGAUUCCAAACCUGUUCUCGUCUUCACCAUUCAACAACUCGUCCCCAAAAUCGCCGACUCCAACCUUCCAAUUGUCCUCAUCGGCGAACACGAGCAAUCAACUAUUUCAAAAUCAGCUAAAAUUGUGACUACAUUAGAGGACAUGAUGAAGAAAGAACCGAGUCAGAUCCGAGUUAAAGACCGGGUGACUCAGGACGACACGGCGACUCUGCUUUACUCGUCCGGCACGACCGGUGCGAGUAAAGGUGUGGUGUCGUCUCACCGAAACCUAAUCGCGAUGGUUGAGACCAUUCUGAGCCGGUUCAAGCUGGAAGCCGGCGGAGAGCAGACUUUCAUCUGCACCGUCCCUAUGUUCCAUAUCUACGGCUUAGCUGUGUUCGCGAUGGCGCUAUUGGCGUUAGGAUCAACGAUCGUUAUUCUCUCAAAAUUCGAAAUGGACGAGAUGUUUCUGGCGAUCGAGAAGUACCGCGCGACGUAUUUGCCUCUGGUGCCGCCGAUACUGGUGGCGAUGGUGAACGGCGCUGAUCAGAUAAAGCGGAGGCAUGAUAUCAGGACGCUGAAUUCGGUGUUGUGUGGCGGAGCGCCUCUGAGUAAGGAGGUGAUAGAGGGGUUUGCGGAGAAGUAUCCGGGUGUAGGGGUUUUGCAAGGGUACGGGUUGACGGAGUCGACGGGGAUCGGGGCGUCGACGGAUUCGCCGGAGGAGAGUCGGCGUUACGGGACGGCGGGGAUGUUGUCGUCAAACAUGGAGGCGAGGAUUGUUGAUCCGGAGAGUGGGGGUGGGGGAUUAGGGGUGAAUCAGACAGGUGAGCUUUGGCUUAAAGGUCCCACCAUCAUGAAAGGUUAUUUCAGUAAUGUAGAAGCAACCACAUCAACUCUAGAUUCAGAGGGAUGGUUAAGAACCGGAGAUCUUUGCUACAUUGAUGAUGAUGGAUUCAUUUUUGUGGUUGAUAGGUUGAAGGAGCUAAUCAAAUACAAGGGAUACCAGGUCCCCCCAGCAGAGCUAGAGGCUUUAUUACUUACACAUCCAGAAGUUGCUGAUGCUGCUGUCAUACCAUUCCCGGAUAAGGAGGUUGGGCAGUAUCCCAUGGCAUAUGUGGUACGGAAAAGCGGAAGUGAUGUAUCCAAGAGUGAAAUCAUGGACUUUAUUGCUAAACAGGUGGCUCCAUACAAGAAAAUCAGGCGAUUGGAAUUUGUAAAUUCAAUCCCCAAGAAUCCGUCAGGCAAGAUAUUACGGAAGGAUCUGAUAAAGCUUGCUACCUCCAAACUUUAGAGAAACUGGGUGUCUGCUUCGAAAGGAUCAGGAAAGGUGAUUGUACCGUUUAGCUCAAUCCGUGUUAGAACUCAUUUGCAUACUGUAAUAUAGCUUUGCGGCUUGUUAGUUUUCUUUGAUAAUUAUGCCUUGUAUGUAUGUAUGUAGUAUGUAUAAUAAUACUAGAGAGCUUCUAUCUAAUAAUGUCAAAAUGGGCACUAUUUGAUUUACCUGUACGUUCAUGAAUUAAUAAAAUGCAUGUUUUUGCUGAUA